UUAUUUGCAUGCAUUUUGGAAGAAAUGGCCGAUCAAGGUUGUGGUAGUAGUGGUGGUAUGAGAGAAUACAGAAAAGGGAACUGGUCAGUGGCGGAGACCAUGGUAUUGAUAGAGGCAAAACAGAUGGAUGAUGAGAGGAGAAUGAAGAGAAGUAGUGGUCAUGGUGAUCAUCAUCAAAGUAGUGAAGGAAGAAGCAACAAACCAGCUGAGCUGAGAUGGAAAUGGGUUGAAGAUUACUGUUGGAGAAAAGGGUGUUUGAGGAGUCAAAACCAAUGCAAUGACAAGUGGGAUAAUCUCAUGAGAGACUACAAGAAAGUGAGAGAUUAUGAAAGAAAAGUUGCAGAAUCUCAAAAAGGAGAUGGAGAACCACGACCUCAACAACAACAUCUACAACAAUCUUAUUGGAAGAUGGAGAAGAAUCAGAGAAAAGAAAAGAAUUUGCCAAGCAACAUGUUGUUUCAGAUAUAUGAAGCACUAGUGGAGGUGGUGGAGAAGAAAGGAUCAGGUCAAAGAGUAAUGUUAAGUGGGUCACCUUCAUAUCAUGUGGUGGAGAGGCCUCUUACUGUACUUCAUCACCAUUCUUUGCCCCCUCUCUUGCAACACCACCAACAACAAAUUUCAUCUCCAUCUCCUGUUCCUAUUUUACCCCUACCUCUUCCGCCGCCGCUGCCGCCGCCUCCUCCACAACAUCCAGCUAAUCAACCACCACAAUCUCAUCACUCAGAUUCCGAUACAAGUGAGUAUUCAGACUCACCUGCAAAAAGGAGGAGGAGAAAUGGAGGAGAGGGAACAAGUACUGCAAGUGGAAGCGCUUCUCAUGAAGUGGGCACAGCUAUUUCCAAAAGUGCUUCCAUUAUAGCAGAAGCGCUUCAGGCCUGUGAAGAGAGGGAGGAGAGAAGACACAAAGAUCUUGUAAGUCUCCAAGAGAGAAGACUCAGGAUUGAAGAAUCAAAGUCUGAGAUUAACAAGGAAGGGAUUAAUGGCCUUGUUGAUGCCAUUAACAAGCUUGCUAAUUCCAUUCUUGCUUUGGCUUCCAACAAGAACCAGCAAUCUUCUUCUUCAUCACCUCCAAAAUAAUCACCAUUUUCUUCAUCUUCAAGUAAUUAUUAGCAAACAUUAUCUAUUCAAUCUCUUAAGAUAGUUUCAGUCAGAGAGAGAGGGCUUAAUCCCAUUUUAUUGUACAUACAUUAUU